UUACUUGAGACACGGAAGAAAACGAUGGCAAAGAAGCUGAUCAUCGACACGGACUGCGGCAUCGAUGAUGCUCAGGCCAUCAUGAUGGCCUUGGCAGCGCCUGACGUGGAGAUUCUGGGCAUCACCUGCGUGUUUGGGAACGCAGCUGUGGAGAACGUUUGUCAGAACGUGUUGAAGGUGCUCUCUGUCUGUGAUCGUGAGGGGAUUCCGGUGUUUCGAGGUUCUGCUGGUCCUCUGGUUGGAGCCAGCAACGCAGUCAGUGACCACUUUGGAACUGAUGGACUUGGGGAUGUGCUGAAGGACAAAGAUCCGCUGUGGGAGAAGAAAAUCCAGAGAGAGCACGCAGUCAAUGCAAUGAUCAGACUGGUGUCUGAAAACCAGAACCAGGUGUCCUUGGUGGCCCUCGGCCCGCUCACUAACCUGGCCCUGGCUGUCAGACUGGAUCCUUGUUUUCCCCAGAAGCUCAGAGAUUUGUACAUAAUGGGAGGAAACGUGGAAGGGAAGGGGAAUGUGACUCUAUGUGCAGAGUUUAACUUUGCAAUGGAUCCAGAGUCUGCCUACGUUGUUCUUGAAGAAUUCUUCUGCCCUACAUACAUCACAUCAUGGGAAAGCGCAUGCAGGAAUUCACUGACGUGGGAGUUCUUUGAAGAGCUGAUAAACCAGGAUGCUCCUGCUGCACGCUUCAUGAAGACCAUAACCGCUGAAUGCUGGGCCUACUCAAGGGAGUCAAUGAGGAACAAGAGAGACGUGUACUUUGGGCCUGGUUUUGUCUCUUAUGAUGCUUACGCAAUGGCCGCCUGCGUUGACAGCAGUGUGGUGACGGAGAGCAUCGAGAGUGCAGUCCGAGUGGAGCUGCAGGGCUCCAUCGCUCGCGGCAUGAUGGCAGUGGAUCGCACCAAUCAGCUGAAGAAGAGCCACAAUGUGUUUAUCAUGACCAAAUGUGACCGUGCCAAAUUCAGUCAGCUGCUAUUGAAGUCCCUCAGACAACCCUGUAAAAAAAGUUAAAGUUUAUUCAAAAUUUUUACAAAUUUUCUGCAUUUUGGUGAAUCUUUCUAAACAUGGAAUUUCUGCAUCAGUUUAUAGUCGAAAGUCUUUAAUUUUGUAAAAUCAAGCUCAAGAUUGUGGCGCCAUUAGUAAACUAAACUGGUUUCUUUAAUUGAAGUAUUAAAAGCAAAUGUAUUUUUGUAACGAGCUCAGUAACGAUGCUGUUGGUUGUAAAUUAUGGAUAAAAUUGUGCUUUUCUGAUCAUCUUCAAGUGUGUAAAUGGAAAGACUGUAGAGAAGUUCUAUUCUAUUUCUGUUUGUAAAGUUUGUUGCCUUGAUGAACCCCCUCUGGUAAAAAGAAA